GUCGGAUUGCGUCGGAUGUUUUUCGCCUUGCGAGACGAGCACAGCGGAACGUGGUGCUUGUAGCCAUCGGUAGUGCUCAUCAUCCAGGCCUGUGUUCAACAUUUGAAUGAUAUCACUCAGAUAGGAAGGCGUCUGUUCUUCCGCCGCAUGCACACACACACAGGAGGCUGAACUGCUCCACACCGACAAUAUGGACUUGCACAUACUGGACCACAGGCUCCGGGUCACCAGCAUAUCCAAGAAUGGGCUGGUGAAUUUCACACACCCCCUGAUUAAACUGAUAUUUCUCCGGAACAGGACACGAUGCAAGUUUUUCAGUCUGACUGAGACGCCAGAGAACUACACAGUCGUCCUUGACGAGGAAGGAUUCAAAGAGCUCCAGCCCUCAGAGCAUCUCAAGGUAGAAAGCUCCAUCUGGCUGCCGCUCAACGUGGCCUCCAAUGGCAACGCCUCCAGCAGCUCACAGGCUGUCGGCGUGACCAAGAUUGCCAAGUCGGUCAUCGCCCCUCUGGCCCAGCAGCACGUCUCUGUCUUCAUGCUCUCCACUUACCAGACCGACUUCAUCCUGGUGAGAGAGAAAGACCUGUCUGUUGUCAUCAGCACUCUGGAGGAGGAGUUCAACAUCUACAAGGAGGUGGGAGGAGAGUCUGUCCCUAUGCAUUGUCAGGAUGUUUCCAACGGACUCCAGAAGAACGGCAAAGAAGCCAUCCAUCCUACAGUUCACCCGGUGCUGAUCCCCCAGAACCAGUUCUGUGUGAUGUCUCUGGACCCGGACACGCUGCCGUCCAUCGCCACCACGCUCAUCGACGUCCUCUUUUAUUCCAACAGUCCCAAAGAGGAUGCACAGUCGUCUCCCAGCCAGGACCUGGACUGUAUCAAGUUCUUCUCCUUCUCCCUCAUCGAUGGCUACAUCUCUCUGGUGAUGGACACUGAGGCUCAGAGACAGUUUCCUGCUGAUCUUCUCUUCACCAGCUCCUCCGGGGAGCUGUGGAGAAUGGUGCGUAUCGGGGGACAACCGCUGGGCUUUGAUGAAUGUGGUAUCGUGGCCCAGAUAUCUCAGCCUCUGGCCGACAGCGACAUCUCUGCCUAUUACAUAAGCACCUUCAGCUUCGACCAUGCUCUGGUCCCCGAGGAGGACAUCGUGAGCGUGACAGGCAUGCUCCAGCAUCAGAGGAAAGAACCAGCCGCUAGUUGAUUUUUGAAGACCCGUCUGAGCUGGAUGAUCCUGGCUCAAUGUGCCGCCCCUCACUCCAGCUCUAGUGGCCAAGGGUGGCAGGCCAGCGGGAAAGGAGGCUAACCCUGUGCCUAGACUAGCACUGCAUCGCCAGCAGUAUUAACUACUAUGAACUUGCCAUGAACACCAGAAGCGCUUCUUUGCGGUGUGCAUACAGUUUGUCUGUGAGGCCUCCUGUCUUACCUAUCUGAGGCGGGAUGCACUGAGCCCCAGGGGGCCCACAAGCUCACACAUGCACAUUAAAAUGCACAAUCACUCCUAAACAUAUACACAUCCAGACACACACACUCGCACAUACAAAUUCGAAAGCACAAAACCAGACAUAUGAUAGUCUUUUUUUUCUAAUGCAGAAUUUGAGCUCUCGUGGUCUAAAGUUGUUUAUAAUAUUAUUUCGCUGCAAACAAUAGAACACACUCACAUACAUUUUCACCAGUGCUACAAACACAUAACUCAGUCUUCCAGUAAUGUUUAUAUCAUAAACUGUCACAAUUUUUUUUUGUUUAACUGAAAGCGUGAAGCUUGAAAUGCAAGACAGUUGUGCGAACAUGGAUCUUACAUUAAUUUUCAUGCAAAAGAAAACUUAAAAUUUCUACUUUUUGAAACAGGGCUCACUCGUUUUGGUUUGAGGAGAAUGUGUAGGUAGUUCUUGUUUGUUAAAACUACUACAAAUGCUGUCAGGUAGAACAGUAGGCUCAGUCAGUGUUUCUGUUUUUUAAGAGGUCAUCAUUUCUCUACCGUAGUAUUACCCAAGGUCAAUAACACUACGUCUUAUUUUUAUUUGCACAAUAAACUUUUGAUUUAGCUUAUAUCCCUUAGAUGUUUUUUUUUUCUUUGGUACAACUUUUGUACAAUUUGAAGUAAAAGUAUUAUGUAAACAUUUGUAAAUUUUUGUGCUGCUUCAUUCAAUAAAGAGUAUUG